CGGUGCAUGCUGGAGCCCGUAGUCCCAGCUGCAGGGAGCGGUCCGGGCCGCGGGUCUCGGCUGUGGGAGCGGAGGGAGCUCGGCACAGCCCAGGCCGGGGAAGCUGCGGUUGGAUGUUGUGCCCUGAGCAGGGCUGAGUUCUGGGCCCGGGGCCUCCUGGAGCGGGGUCUGUGAGGCAGCGUCGCUGGCAGCUCUCGGAGCGCGACGGUCCCACAGCCGGGACUUGAGCGACUUAUGACCAUUCCUGUCCUGCCCUACCCAUCUGACAAUUCGUGACCCCUCCCCAACCACGGCGGAAUCCAUCAAACCAACCCUCUGCAGAGUCAUCAUCUACUUGCGGAAGGAGAUGUCUGGGGACACGUGCCUGACCACCAUCUGCCAGUCUUCAGGAGCCAAGCCCAAAACCUGCAGCUUCAGAGAGGGUAGCCUGGGAAACAAGUACGUGCGGCUGAACGUUGGGGGCUCCUUGUACUACACCACAGUGCAGGUGCUGACCAGGCAUGACACCAUGCUGAAGGCCAUGUUCAGUGGCAGGAUGGAAGUACUGACUGACAAGGAAGGGUGGAUCCUUAUAGACCGUUGUGGGAAACACUUCGGUGUGAUUUUAAAUUACCUCCGAGACGACACUAUCGCACUUCCAAAAAACAGGCAGGAGAUCAAAGAGUUGAUGGCAGAAGCGAAAUAUUACCUAAUUCAGGGCUUAGUAGACAUGUGCCAGGCAGCUCUCCAGGACAAGAAAGACUCAUACGAGCCCGUCUGUAGCAUCCCCAUCAUCACGUCUCCAAAGGAAGAAGAGAGGCUCAUCGAAUCCUCCAUGAAACCUGUUGUCAAGCUGCUUUAUAACAGGAGCAACAACAAAUAUUCCUACACCAGUAACUCGGACGAUAACUUGCUGAAGAACAUAGAACUGUUCGAUAAACUUUCUCUCCGCUUCAAUGGCCGAGUCCUCUUCCUUAAGGAUGUUAUAGGGGAUGAAAUCUGCUGCUGGUCUUUCUACGGACAGGGGCGGAAGCUCGCUGAGGUCUGUUGCACCUCGAUAGUGUACGCCACGGAAAAGAAACAAACCAAGGUUGAGUUCCCUGAAGCGCGUAUCUACGAGGAGACACUAAACGUUUUACUUUAUGAAACUCCACGCGUACCUGACAACUCCCUGCUGGAGGCAACGAGCAGGAACCGAAGCCAGGCAUCUCACAGUGAGGACGAUGAGGGCUUUGAACUGCGUGACCGAGUGCGCCGCAUCCACGUGAAGAGAUACAGCACUUACGACGACCGGCAGCUUGGCCACUAGCCUGCUGGCAGAGGAGAAACGGUUUGCUUUGUUCAUAGAGCUUAACGAAUAUGCGGAGUUAGUCGGGGAAGCAGGGGACUGAUCCUCAGAUGGUUUCAGUGCUUCCUAGAGAAACAGCUUGGCAUCAAUGCGUGCAAACCAAAGGCAACAUUUAAGGCCAGAGGCUUUUAGAGUCAUUGUGACAUGUUACUUGUGCACCAUGUGGUGUAAAUAGAGCAGUUCUUCAUGUGCUGCGGAUAGGCGGGGAUCCUGUGGAGCUCAUUUGUUCUGAUAUAGGUUGCCACCAUGAGGCGUUGUCUGCCUUGUGAGAAGCGAUGUAUUUUUCCAUUUGUUUGAAAACCCAUUAUCAGAGACAUCCUAAGAGCUGUGUGCCCUGGAAUUGCUUAGUUUUUAAAUUUUCUUACAAAGGAUGCCCUGUGGGAUUCGAACGCUAGCACAUUUAGCAAGUGCUACCUCUCACUGGCCGAGCUACUCUUUUUCCUUAUGGAGCAAGUAGUUAGAUUCCCAUGGCAUGAGAGAGAAUGUGUUUCCCCUUUUGUGCAAGGAUCACCCUUGGUGCUGAAACUGCUUAGCCUGUCUCACUUUAAGCCAAGUUUUUAGGACUCAAGCUAACAAGUGGUCCAAAUGGGGGAAAUUUAGAGAGUAAAUAUUAAAUGACGUGAUCGUUAAGAAAAAAAAAUCCUAAAGGUGAGGGGGUGGGUGUGGUGAAGCUUACAAGAAAACAGAGCCCUGGUGAAAUCAUGGGCAUGGUGAGACCUCUACCCUCUGGGGCUUUGGGUGGGAUGGGAACCCUGUGUUAAUAGAUCCUGAAGAAUUGAGGGAAUCUCUCUAGAAUUAGUCACUAGAUCAAGAGGGCACCUAAGCACUGCUUGGUGUCAUCUUUCCUCAUGCUAGGAAAGAACAGGGUGAUUGAGGGAAAAUAACUGAAGUGUAGAUCAAAGAAAGCUUCUUUGCGCAUUCACUCUUGCACAGUUGGGGUUAUCCAUGUGUUUCUGCUCUAAGUCGCCUCUGAGGCCAGGAGGUGGGAAUGGAGGGACAGUGGCCAUUACACCUCGUUAUACAGUGGAGCUCUGUCUCUGCACAGCCCCAGGAGAGGGACUUUUUAUAUUGAAUUUUAAACCGUUUCUUCAGCUGACUUUUUAAAAAAUCUUUUGUGACUCAGAUGGUUUUUUUUAAACAUAUAUUUUAAAAAAGAGAGAUGAUCUGUCAAGUGUGUACUCCUCUUUUGGUACUAUAGCGUCAACUCUCCUUGGGCGUAGGGGUUUUUGGACUUGAGCUUUGAUCUUGAACGUGACUAUCCAGUGAGAGAACAUGAUGGUCCCAACUUAUUUGGUAGCCCAGGUGAAAACUUAAGGGCUUGAUUUUUCUGAAGUUCUGAGCCCCCACAACUCCAGCUGAAAACAGUGGAAGCUGCAGGUGUUCAGCACCUCUGAAAAUCAGGCCCAAAGUUUUCCUGUGUCUCUCCCCCUUGAGGACAACUGGUGACCCCAGCUGGCACUUCAAACAUCUGGGUUUGCUAACUAACCAAGGCAGCUAACUUUAGGCUUCAAAUAAGAACUGGCCUUGAUCUCAAUGUUUGGUAGUGGUUUGGGGGGAAGCGGGGCAGCCCUACUGCACACGGGAGAUGAUGGUAUAAUGUGCAAUUAGCCGUGCGUCCUGGUUCAAUAUUUCAUCUAGGAUUGUUUUAAUGCAAGGGCAGCAGUUUGACUAGCAGCCAGGAAUUAAUUGCCACCUGUCUAGCCUGGCUUGUUGCUUGCCCGGCGGUGCUGGAUGGGAGGAUUUUUCUGAGCUUCACUUUCCAUUGCUUUCAUGAGAAAUUAUUUUUUUUCUAGUCAUAGGAGAAUUUGGGCUUAGUGUGUGGGGAUGGGGGUGAGAAUCACUGCUCGGGAACAUCCUGAUGUAACUGGACUGGUGCUGAGUGCAAAGCAUAGACAAGGGCAUGCCUGGGUUUGUACCAAUUUGUCUGACCAAGACUGACCUCUACUUGUAAUAGGUGCAAACCACAGCCUGCCCCGGCUUGCGCUUAGGCAUCAGCAGUGGUGCAGCUUCGCUGGUUGCUAGGCACCAAAGGCUGAGUUGGGGCUUGUCCCACGUGUAGACAAGGUCUCGAUUUAGAAAUGAUGUUUUGGGACCAAAUCCGAGCAAGUUCCAGUUCAAGCAAGUAAGCUCCAGUUUCUCAGGAUUUGACCUUUUGUUAAUGAUCAAACUGGCUGACUUACUGUCUCAAAGGAAAAAUACGGAUUGUUUCUGAGGCUUUUUAAAAUAUGUGAAUAGGCUGCAGCUGGUGUGGGGGUUUUAUUGCCUUCAGAGUAGUCUACAGGGAGAGAAAUGUGGUUCGGAUGCUAGACUGGCCUAGCCUCCCAGCAUCAUAAACCAUUUAAAAACCCGAGCUACUCAGCGCAUUUAGUGUUCUCCCUCUCUCAAGACAAAGAUCCCAGUCUACCGCAGUCUGGCUAGACAAAAGAUUUUGAAUACUUCAACUACAUAGAGCUUUUUCUUUGAAAAUUCAUUAAAUGGCCCAUGGAAUGUGGUGUUUAAAAAACAAUGCUUUCAGGUUACAGUGUUAAGAGUACAUUAUUUCCCUAGAUGUAUUUAAGCUAUAAACUGAGUAAGAUAGUGAAUUGUUUUAUUUAUUAAUUGGGAGAUAAAAUGCAUAAACUUUGGUAAUGGGGAAAAAUAUAGUCACAUUUGAAAAAUUGGCCUAAUUAUUUUGGGUGCCCAACUUGUGACCUCUUAAAUGAGCUUGAUUUUUAGAAGCUGGUUGAUUGGCGCAUUCUACAGACGAGUUCCCUUUAAGGAGUCUCAAGCUGGGCAUGCAAAGUCAUUAAUCGUGUUUGAAAAUCUUGGUCGUAAGAUCUUUCAUCUCUAGGUCACCAGCUCAGAUCCAAAUCACCUCUAUUAGAGCUGAGCAAACGAUUUUUUUUUCUUUGACUGAAACAAAAAAUCUGGAAAAAAAAUUAUUUCAAACCAAGAUGGAAUCUUUUUU